AUGAAGCAAGGGAGAAACGUGACGACCACCAUGAAGCGAACCGCACAACACUCCACCGUACCGGGGAACGAUUCCGGGUGGCAAGUUCCCCACCGGAUCUAUCUUCAACAGCAGCAACAACAGCAACAUAAGCAUCGACCGUUGUUUGACUAUGAGUUCUGGAAGAAUCCGGAUGAGUCGACUGAGCUGCACUUCCUGAUGCCGAACGGGGUGAUGAUCACGAUGUGUAUGCCGAUUCAUAUAACGCUAGAGGAGCUCAAAACGGAUGUCUGGGAGGAAGCAGAACGCUAUCCGCUGUACUGCCAUCUUGGUGACAAGAACAAGUAUUGCUUCAGUACGCUGGCGUCGGGUAGAACGAACUGUAACACCACUCACGAAAAUGAAGCGACGCGGCUGAUGGAUGUGCAGCCCGCCCUCGGCAUCAUGCGCUUCGUCGAAAAGAGCAACGUGUCGGAGAAUACCAAGCUGAUGGAGAACAUCAGCAUCCUGCUGGACAGCAAGCUGCCGGUGAAGACGCUCGUCAACCCGGAGGUGAACGAUUUCCGCGCGAAGAUGAGCAUGCUGAGCGAGGAGAUCGGUAGCAGGCGGUCGGUGAUGACGCGCAUGGAGCGGAUCGCCUACCAGUACCCGGCCAAGCUGGUGAGCGGUUUGCACGUACCGGAGCAGAUCAGCCGACGGCUCGCGAGCGGUGACUAUAACUUUUGCGUGGUGGCGAUCAGCACCGAUAUGCAGGUGACGGUGAAGGUACCGUGCCUGGCAACGCCGGACGAGGUGCUGAACCGGAUACUCGAGAAGAAGCGCAUCUCGAUGAAGGCCCGGAUGGACAACAGUUCCGACUUCAUACUGAAGGUGUGCGGCAGGGAGGAGUACAUAUAUGGGGCGCAUCCGAUGAUUAGCUUCCAGUACGUGCAGGACUGUCUGUCGCGUGACGAAACGCCCACGUUUGUGCCGCGGCUGGUACGUUCGGUGGAGGUGUUCAAGAACGACAUCUACGAUGCACGGGAUGACUUCACCCAGUGGUCGAGCACGACCUCCUCGACCAACACCACGUCGGCACUUGUAUCGACCGCCAGCGCGUCGGUGUCGACCAUAUCGCUGGUGUCGACGACAUCGAGUUCGGCCGGUAGUGGCAAGCAUAACAGCAGUAUUGCGGUUGGAAACAGUGGCUACAGCAAUGUUGGUAGCGGUGGUGCCAGCAGCAGCAUCUACGGCAGUCAGUCGCAGCAGUCGCACACGCUGCGGAAGGUGAAGUACGUCACCAGCUGGGAGGUUGAUUCCAAGCUGCAGUGUACGGUGCACGAGAUCCGUGGGCUAAACAUCGAGUCGGAAAAGGAGCUGGGCGUGCAGCUCGGUCUGUUUCACGGUGGCAAGUCACUGUGCAAAACGGUGCGGACGCGCAUGGCCACUGUGCACAGCGGCGUUGCCAGCUGGAACGAGACGAUCUUUCUCGACAUCAGUGUCAGCAAUGUGCCGCGCAUGGCACGCCUCUGUCUGGUGGUGUAUGAAAACAUGCGCACGGCGAAGGGUACGGGGAUACGGACGCGCCGCACGAAGGAUGGGCUGAUCAAUCCCAUCGCCUGGGUAAACACGAUGGUGUACGACUACAAGAACCAGCUCAAGUCGGACUCGGUCACGCUGUACACGUGGGAAUACGCAGAGGACGCCCAGUUCGAGGACAUUCUGCAUCCGCUCGGGACGGUCGAGCCGAACCCGAGCCGGGGUGACAAUAUGGUGGUGCCGGUGCUAUUAAGCUUCGGUCCGUACGGACCGGAGGGUCGCAUCAUCGUCUAUCCCGGCGAGGAGGAACUGCUAUCGCACGCGGCCAAAAUGAGCCACCGGAACGAGCACCUGAAUCGCGAAAGUGCGGAAGAUACUCGCUCGAUCAAGGCGAUCAUGGGUGCGUACAUGUACAACGACCGGUUGAACGAUAUCCACGAGCAGGAUCGUAAUGCGAUCUGGGCGAAGCGACGCGAAUGCAUGCUGCAGAUGCCGCAGGGUCUGCCCUGUCUGCUGUACUGCGUCGAGUGGAACAAUCGCGACGAGGUGUCGGAGAUUGUGUCGCUGCUGCAGGAGUGGCCGAAGCUGCUGGUCGAACGGGCCCUCGAGCUGCUCGACUAUGCGUACGCGGAUAAGUACGUACGACGGUACGCGGUCGACUGUUUGCGCACGAUCGAGGACGACGAGCUGUUGCUCUACCUGCUGCAGCUGGUACAGGCACUCAAGCACGAGUCGUACCUCAACUGUGACCUGGUGUACUUCCUGUUGCAGCGCGCCCUGCACAACCAACACAUCGGUCACUAUCUGUUCUGGCAUCUGCGUUCGGAACUGUCGGUGCCGUCGGUGCAGGUGCGGUUCGGGCUGAUACUGGAAGCGUACUUGCUCGGCAGCCCGGAACACGUGGGCGUACUGUUGAAGCAGAUGCAGUGCCUCCGCUACCUGAAGAUCUGCUCGGACAACGUGAAGAAGGGCAGCAAGGAGAAGGGGCGCGCACUGCUGAUGGAACAGCUGGCGAAGGAGGGCCACCUGACGAGUGAUCUGAUCAGUCCGCUUAAUCCCAGCUUCCGGUGCAAGAGCGUCCGCACGGAGCGCUGCAAGGUGAUGGACUCGAAGAUGCGCCCGCUGUGGGUGGUGUAUGAGAACGCCGACCCGAACGGGGAUGAUAUACAUAUGAUAUUCAAGAACGGUGACGAUCUGCGCCAGGACAUGCUGACGUUGCAGAUGUUGCGCAUCAUGGAUCGGAUCUGGAAGGGUCACGGGUUCGACUUCCGGCUGAACCCGUACAGCUGCAUCAGCACCGACCAUAAGCUCGGGUUGAUCGAGGUCGUGCUGAGUGCGGAAACGAUCGCAAAUAUCCAGAAGGAGCGGGGCAUGUUUUCGGCAACGUCACCAUUUAAGAAGGGUUCGCUGCUGGCAUGGUUGCGCGAGCACAACAACACGGACGAGCUGCUGGCGAAGGCGAUCCAGGAGUUUACGCUCAGCUGUGCCGGUUACUGUGUGGCGACGUACGUGCUGGGUGUUGCUGAUAGGCACUCGGACAACAUUAUGGUGAAGAAGACGGGUCAACUGUUCCACAUCGAUUUCGGGCACAUCCUUGGACACUUCAAGGAAAAGUUUGGAUUCCGACGGGAGCGCGUACCGUUUGUGCUGACGCACGACUUCGUGUACGUGAUCAACAACGGGCGGACGGAUCGGGAAGCACAGGAGUUUUGUCAUUUCCAGAAGCUCUGCGAAGAUGCGUUUCUUAUUCUGCGCCAACAUGGCUGUCUUAUACUGUCGCUGUUCUCGAUGAUGAUUUCAACCGGGCUGCCGGAGCUGUCAUCGGAGAAGGAUCUCAACUACCUGCGGGAAACGCUGGUUUUGGACAAAACGGAGGACGAAGCGCGUUCACAUUUCAAGCACAAGUUCAGCGAGGCGCUAGCCAACUCGUGGAAAACGUCGCUCAACUGGGCGUCGCACAACUUCUCCAAGAACAAUCGCCAGUGA